AUGAGGUUGGAAGAUGGCUCUGCCUUCUACAACUACCACAGAAUGAACAAAGAAGAUUUUGAUUAUCUCUUGAGGCUUGUUGGGCCCACGAUUGCCAAGCAAGACACCAGGAUGAGAAAGGCUAUUCCACCAGAACAGCGAUUGUCAGUCACAUUGAGGCACUUGGCCACAGGUGAACCAAAAACAUCCCUGGGAUAUUCCAACAGGAUCAGUCCAAACCUCCUUUCAAGUGUCGUUCCUGAGGUGUGUGAGACCUUAUAUGCAGCUCUUCAACCGUUAUAUAUGAAAAUGCCUACAAAUGAAGAGGAAUGGCUUCGCAUCCAAGCAGAAUUUCAUUCUCUCUGGCAGUUUCCAAAUUGCUGUGGUGCUUUAGAUGGGAAGAGAGUUCUUAUAGCCAAACCUCCAAAAUCAGGUUCAACAUAUUAUGACUACAAAUGUCAUUUCAGCACCAUACUUCUUGCCCUUGUCGAUGUGAAGCUGAGAUUCAUUUAUGUAGAUGUUGGUGGUGCAGGACGUGCCAGUGAUGGAGGUGUAUGGGAGAAAUGCUCCUUGAAAAGGCACUUGAUAGGGAUUUGGUGA